AUGAAUGAAUUAGAACUAUUUAAAGUACAUGCAGUAUCAAUAUUUUGUCCAGCAGUGGAUAUUCCUGUAAUUUUAUGGUGGACCCCUUUCGGAAACGAUGGGAAAGUUCGUAAAUGCGGGAAACAUUCCUGUUAUUUUACAAGCAAUCGAACUUAUCGAUAUCACCCAAAAAUAAGUAGUUUUCUGUUUUAUGGUAGCAGUUUUCAAAUUGAUGAUUUACCAGAAUGGAAUCCCUAUAAAGCUCCAUGGGGUUUGCUUCACGAAGAAUCCCCAAGAAACAAUCCUAUUUUGGUGCAACAGGAGAUCCUGAAUCUUUUUAAGUAUUCCUCAACGUUCAGCAGAUUUAGUGAUGUGCCCCUUACUUUGGUCGAUUUACCUGGAAUUAGAGAAUUGUUGGAUAGAAAGUAUUUUGUGUCGACCAAACAAAAGACAAGAUUAAUCAACACAGAGAACCUUGCCCCCUUGCUUUACAUACAAUCUGACUGUGAUACUGCAAGUAAUAGAGAUAUUUAUGUAGCAGAGUUGAUGAAGUACAUACGUGUUGAUUCAUAUGGCACAUGUUUGAAUAAUGCUCAGUUCGAUAAAAGGCUGAAAGAAAAUUACCUCGAAAAGUUAAACAGCGAGGAUUUUCUCUCUUUCAUUGCCAAUUACAAAUUUACUAUAGCUUUCGAGAAUGCAGUCUGUCAAGAUUAUAUCACGGAAAAAUUAUGGCGACCUCUUAUAGUCGGAUCUGUACCUAUAUAUUAUGGAUCACCGUCAUUUAGGGACUGGCUACCAAACAAUAUGUCUGCAAUUUCAGUACUCGAUUUCAAAGAUCCAAAGAGUUUAGCCAAUUUUUUAAAUAAUCUUACCAACAACGAAACUGAAUACAAUAAAUACCUGUCACACAAAUUGAUCGAUAAUUAUGAAGUAGAAAAUCAAAAGCUAAAAAAUGCUUUCAAUAGAAAUAAUGAGUGGUCUCGAACGGAAUUCGGAAACUACGUAGACGAAUUUGAAUGUUUGGUUUGCGAAAGUGUACAACAAACAGAUCAACCAACAAAAAUAGUCAGUUCGGAACACUAUGAUUGCCCAUUACCAAGAAAUCCCAUAACAAAUGAAAUUGAUCAUACGAACUGGUGGACAGAGCAAUGGGUUAUAGAAAAAUGUGGGGCCAAAAUCUUGAUGCAUAACUUAAAGAACAAUCUAACCAUUAAUAUAGAAAAAUUUAAUGCAGAUAAGAUGAAAUUAUAUGUCAGCAAACAGUGCUGAAGUAUGUUUUAUAAAAUCAUUUCCUAAUAAAGUAUUAAUGAUAAUCGAA